AUGAUAAAAGCAUGUAUCGAUAAUAAAGUUCAUACAAUGGCACAGGUUGGUUGGAAUUAUAUGUUUCUAGUUGUAAUUGUUUUGCUGAACAUGUUACUGUUGACCAAUGGUACAUUAUUUUGUACAAUAAUGGCAACAUCGAAUAAAGCACCAGUUGCAAUCAAUUGUUGUCAUUUUGUUGAUUUGAAUGGCGAUGGUUUAACGGAUAUAUUAGUAUCUUGUUCAUACUCGGAGGAAGGAAAUGGACGUCGUCAUUAUGCUGAAAUUCUUAAUCGAAAAGACACUGGAUUUUGUGUUCAAACAGCAAAUGAUGCGUUCAUUCAAUCGGGCAAUAGUAAACUGCCUAAGUGCUAA